AUUUUACUUACAUUUUCCACGCUCUCGAAUUCUGCGCUUUCUUUUUCUCCAAUAUACGAACGUACAUUCUCUUAUUUGAAGUGUAGAAAUUGCAAGCAACACGAAUAAAUCUUAUAAAUAAAUUUGUUCGAAUUUAUAAAUUAAUAAUUUACAAUAAACAAAGGGUCCAUUGUUAAUAUGUCUCAGAAAGAAAAGGAUUUGGAUAUAAAUAAAGCUUUUGAAGAUUUAUUAUUUGCGGAAGAAAUUGCACAAAAAUCAGGUUACGAGAAAGGAUACGAAAGUGGUAAAGAGCAACUAUUAAAGGGAUAUCAUCUUGGAUAUCAUAGAGCUAGUAUAAUCGCUGCCCAAUUAGGAUAUUACAGUGGAGUCUUGGAACAUUAUCUACAAAAUAAUGCCACUGAUUGUGAAAAAACCAUAACGAUAGCCAAAAAGCUUUUGAAAGAUAUUCACAGUACUUUUCCUGAUCAUCAAGAUGAUAAUUUGGAUAUUCUAAAAGCUGUAGAAGAUAUUAAAUGUAAAUAUGCCAAAUUCUGUUCAUUAGCAAAAAUUAAUUCACUAUAUCCCGAAGCAGACAAACUUGAAUUUUAGCAACAAUGGCAGAAUAUAACAAUUAUUUCGA